CUCCGCCCGACACUCCAGCAAACAUCCAGCAGGCAUUUUAAAUCCUCUCAGGGGCGCCAUGCUUCCAGCAUAAUGUCAGCUAAAGUUGCCAUUCAGAAGUUCUCCUUCCCCUUCUCCUGCGCUGCACGCCUGCCUCAGCAAGAUGAGGUGACCCAGGAGGGAUGUGCACAGGUGAAGCUCCAUGACCUCCAGGAGAAUCGAAUCCUGAGCGAAGCAAACCCUGUUGCUGUGAUCGGAGCUCUGGUGCAUCAUGAGAGUCAGGCCCAGGGGAGUCCGAAGCCUCCUCCUGGGGGAGACGCAGCAGCCGCCCAGGUCCUGGUCUGUGCUGAAGCUUCCCAGAGUGCUGUGCUCUCUAGGCACGCCGUGUUUGAGAAGCUGACAGUUGAAAGUGAAGAUCAGCGCCCUGCGGCAAAGAGACAGCUGUCGUCCGAGAGCGCAGCCAGAACCAUCACUGUGGUGAAGAAGAGCGCUGUGAGGAAGGAGGCGGAGGAGCACAGGCUCCUGAAGCCUAAAGCUCACCUGGGACAGAGGGUGACACCGUGCCCUGCGGCGGCAGGGAAAAGGAAGCGCCGAAAGGACCUCUUCACCAACUCUGAGGUGUUCCACAGGGUCGAUUCACACGUCAUCAGGGCCGGAGCAGAGCUGAAGGAAAAGCGUGUGUAUGAUGUAAAGACGAUAGCACAGUGUAUCACACAAGGAGCCAGGAAUGAGCUGGAGCGGCUUCGUGCCAUCUGGGUCUGGCUGUGCCAUAACAUCGAGUACGAUGUGAGCGGGUUCCUCGGCCGCUCGGAGAAGCUGAGCUCACCGGAGGAGGUGAUUGCGGCCGGUCGGGGCGUGUGCUGCGGCUACUCCAGCCUCUGUACUGAGAUGUGCAGAGAGGUGGGCAUCGAUUGCCAAGAGGUGCCGGGCCACAGCAAGGGCGUCGGGUACCUUCAGGGUCAGAGCCUCAAGAAUGUGAAAUCUGAUCACCUGUGGAACUCUGUGCUUCUGGGAGGACAGUGGUUCCUGCUGGACGCCUGCUGGGGAGCAGGACGAGUGGACAUGGAGAACGAAAGCUUCGUCAAAAGGUUCGAUGAUUUCUAUUUCCUGACGGACCCAGAGGAGUUCAUAGAUUCACACUUCCCCGAUGAGGAGAAAUGGCAGCUCCUUGACACGCCCAUCGCCCUGGAGGAGUUUGAGAGGAGAGUCUUCAAGACUUCAGCCUUCUUCACCUCGGGGCUGCGACUGAUGCAGCCUCAUCACUUCCACAUCGUCACAGAUGACGGCGAGGCUAACGUGUCCCUCGGCUUCUCCAGGCCGACAACUUUUACGUAUGAGAUCACGCAGCACCAGGACCUCCUCCACUGUGGCGCUCCAGAGCAGAAAGAGUCCUGCAACUCGUCCUUCGGCCUCCUGACGGUUUCCCAUCGGAGCAUGAAGCUGCAGCUCCUGCCGCCUGCGAGCGGCGUGUACGACGUGAAGGUGUUUGCCAGACCUGAAACAGCCACCACGCCUCUGAUUUGGGUCUGCUCCUACACAGUCGAGUGUCCCGUCCCCAGGGCCAUGGAGGAGAUCCCAGAGAACCCCUUCCUGUCUUGGGGUCUGCAGCCUGUUGCGGGGUCUCUGGGUGUUGCAGGGAGCAGUCAGGGCAGCAAGGCUGCAGAGGUGGAGGAGGGUGUCUUUGAGCUGAUGUUGAAGACGUCCAGGCCUCUGAUGGCGCUGUGUGAACUGGUCCACCCACAGCUGGAGGCUUCAGUCGCCAAGCGCUGCCUGGCUACUCAGAUUCAGGCGGAUGUCCUGACGUGUCACGUCCUGUGCCCCCUGCGUGGCUUCUACCGGCUCUCAGUGUUUGUGCGGGACUACGAGAAGACAGACGCCAAGUUCCAGAAUGCCGCAAACUUCCUGUUGCACUGCAAAGGGAAGGUGGUCAGUCCGGAGGAGCUCUUCCCUCCUAACCUGGGCUCGGUGUGUGGGCCGGGGACCCGCACAUCAGAGGCGGGGCUGUCCAAAUUCAGCCACACGACGGCGCUGGUGAGCACCCAGCAAGGCAAGUGUAACAUCACCUUCCACAACCAGCGUGACCUGGAGCUUCACACUGUGCUGAGCAGAGAGGAGAGCAAAGCAAAAGCCGUCCCGCUCACACGGCACGUCUUCUGCACGUACACAGACAGCAAGGUGACGGUGAGCGUCAGCCUGCCUGAGGCGGGGGUGUAUCGGCUGGGUCUGUACGCUAAGAUCACCCCCGCUGGAGAUUUUAACCCCAUGUGUGACUUUGUUCUGAGGAACAGCUGCGAUCAGCCGGGGCCUCCGUUCCCCUGCGUCUACUCAGCCUGGAGGAAAGGCUGCGUGCUCUUUGAGCCCCGCGUGGGCCUGCUGGAGCCCCUCUCAUGGGUCCGCUUCAGGGUGAGGGUCCCCGGGGCCCAGAGGGUGAGCGUGAUGGGUGAGACAAGAACUGAUCUCAAACUGAAUAAGAGCAGAGUCUGGGAGGGGGAGGUUUUCAGUGGAAACGGUCUCCAGCAACUGAAACUGGCCGCCGCCACCUCGGGAGAAUCCACUGACAUGUCUGUUUUGAUGACCUUUGACAUCAAGCAGCUGGAGAGAGAAGUGUGACACGGCGGGUGGAGACCAGAUGGAAACGUAGCUGUUCACUGCCUGAUGACGUCACUGAUACGGACUAAUGCAAAUCAGACUGGGGUGAAGAAUCUGUGCAGAUAAUUCAGACUGCGAGACACAAUCUUUCAGGUUUCACCACAUCAAGCGAACACAGACACAGUGGUGAUGAGGUGCACCAACAUUUGACAUAUGAUCUGUGAAUGUUUAAACUUUGUAGCGAUGAAGUGAAACAAAUGCAAACCAAACCUACCUGGAAAUUGUUUGGGAUUUUCUUUGAGAGCUAUAAUUUGAUCCAGGUAGUGUUGAGCCUGUCAGCUGUGAUAUUAUUCUGAUCAAGAGUGCAUCAUCAUUAUUGAUAUGUUAUCAGAGGUAAACCUGCUCUAUGAAAUAAUGGUUGUC